AUGGGGACCCUUCCAUUUAUCGACCUCGGCCUUUCUGGAAUAGAUCGAAGCCCGACUUCACCUCUCCGACUUCACAAGUGUCGAGACCGACCUCAGCUACCGGGCCCGACCUCACAACGUGGCCGAUAUCUCCUAUGUCGGGCUCGGACCUCCACGCGACGGGUGAACCAGCUUCGGCCACUCCGACAUCAGUCACCGAGACACCGAGCCGCCCACUCCACUGACGAAUAUGAAACCGAAAUCAACACAUUCGCGCCGACAACAAAGAGGGCCGACCUCGAUUCAUUCUCGCCGGUGGUUUCAACUUGCCGAGGUGGAAUGAGCGUGUCAGCUCCGAUCAGAAGAGAGUAUAAAUCAGGAAGAAAGAUGUAG